AUGGGUGACUUGAAGCUUGAUAACAAUGGUGGUGGCGCGACUGUGUCAACUCACAUAGAGCCAGUUGUGGUGGUGAGCGAAGGGGCUGGCAAGACUGCCAACAUUGAGGGCGCGAAGGCCAAAGAGGUGCAGAAUGCAGAACUGUACGCAGCCAUCCAGGAAAGCAAGAUCGAGCCAUGGAGUAAAGAAUCGCGGACACUAUACUUGGCUAUCUUCACGGCCUUUCUUUGCGCCUGCGCCAAUGGUUACGAUGGGUCCCUUCUGACUGGUAUUGUCGCCAUGAAACAGUUUCAAGACGUGUUCCAUAGUGGCACGACUGGACCAACCGUUUCGGUUCUAUUUUCUCUAUAUACAGUAGGCUCGAUUGUCGGUGCGCCAUUCGCCGCUAUCAUUGCAGACAAACUCGGUCGUCGUAAAACCAUGUUCACUGGCGGUAUCAUUAUAAUCAUUGGCACUGCAAUUAUUGCGAGCAGCUCAACAAUUCCGCAAUUCGUUGUAGGACGCUUCGUUCUUGGAGUGGGCAUCGCCACCAUGACAGUCAGCGCUCCGGCUUAUGCCAUGGAGAUCUCACCUCCUCACUGGCGUGGCCGUGCCACAGGCUUCUACAACUGUGGAUGGUUCGGAGGAUCUAUCCCUGCUGCUGCUAUUGUGUUUGGCACUCAAUACAUCCCAAGCAGCUGGUCAUGGAGAAUUCCUCUCAUCCUACAGGCCUUCGCGUGUGUGAUUGUGAUGUUCACCAUCUGGUUUAUACCCGAAAGCCCCCGAUGGCUUAUGGCCAACGGCAAGACCGACGCAGCCCUCGAGUUUCUUGUCAAGUAUCAUGGAAAUGGCGACCCGAACUCCCGAUUGGUGCGUCUUGAAAUUGAGGAAAUGCGAGAAGGUAUUCGCUUGGAUGGUAUUGAUAAGAGGCCUUGGGACUACCGGCCCCUUUUACUGACUCAUAACGGCCGUUGGCGAUUCGCACAGGUUGUUAUGAUUUCCGUCUUCGGUCAGUUCUCUGGCAAUGGACUUGGAUACUUCAACACGACUAUCUUCGAGCAGAUCGGGAUCAAGUCGGUAUCUUCGCAGCUCGGAUACAACCUACUUAACUCCGCCUUAUCUGCAGUGGGCGCCCUUACCGCUGUAUCACUGACUGAUAAAAUGAAACGACGACCUGUCCUAGUAUAUGGUACUUUUGCAUGCGCUGUCGCCCUUGCUCUCAACUCGGGCUUAUCUGCUGCGCUAGAAUCGCAAGGGAAAAAUAUUCAGGAGUCAUACGCUAAGGGUGCCUUGGCAUCGUAUUUCUUGUUCAACAUUGUCUUCUCCUUUACGUACACCCCUCUGCAAGGUGUCAUUCCCUCAGAGGCAUUGGAGACGACUAUGCGAGCCAAGGGGUUAGCAGCAUCGGCCGUCAUUGUCAAUAUCCUAGGUUUCAUCAACCAAUUCGCCGGCCCUAUCGGCCUUCAUAAUAUCGGCUACAAGUAUAUCUAUGUCUUUGUUGGUUGGGAUGUGAUCGAAGCAGCUUCUUGGUAUCUAUUCGGUGUGGAAUCUCAGGGCCGUACCCUUGAACAACUGGAAUGGGUUUACGAUCAGCCAAAUCCUGUUAAGGCCUCGCAGAAGAUCGACAAGGUUAUUGUUCAAGCUGAUGGAAAGGUAUCUGAGAAAGUAGUUGACGACGCCGCCUAA